AUGCUUUUAUUUUCACUAAAGAGAGCUUUUAAUUAUUUGUCUUUUGCAAGCAAAAGAUUCAAUAUUUCCAGGACUAGCAGAUUCUAUACAACAAAGUCAUCUUCUCCUAAUAAGAAUUGAAGAAUUGCCGAACCAUAUUUAAAUCUUGGCCAAAUCUUAAUCUUAAAUUAUUUAUAACGUUUAACGUCCUCUACGGGGUAGCCUUGUCCAGAGCUGCCACCAUAUUUAUCCAUGUGUCGGCCCAUGGACCUCUGGAUCGAUCUACUUCGAUUCACUAAGGCACGAGUAAGUGCGGUGUUCCGGCUUUGAGGGGCUUUCUGCCGCUACAGGUUUAUACGACUCAGCUCCUGCGCGUGUUCCGCCUAAGAGUCACCUUCCUCUGGUGUGCUGAAGGGUAAAGGCCUGAGCCUCUUGAGCGCACUGAGUAGCAAUUCCUCUGGCUAUCCCCAGAGUUAAACCGCUAUUGCUGUGCAGAAGUUCUCGAGGUAAAACCCAACUCCAUAAAUAAAAUUGUUUGAGGGAGAGAAAAUUAGCAGAGCUAAUUUCACUCGAACCGAAUGCCAUUUUAUUUAUAAAUCAUAGCCAAAUCACUGAAAUUUGUCAAAAAUUCAAGAAAAAUGAAAUCGGUGUUGAAGAGCUGGAAAAAGCCUUUGCAAAAGCCAGCCACUUAACAUUUCAAGGUAUUUAUGACGAAUUAGCAAAAUUUAUAAGCACAGUUAUGAGAGAAAAUUUUACAAGGCACUCAUCAAAGAAUGUGCUAAAAGUAUUUGAAGAAGCUGUUGCUAAAUCAUUGAAGCAUUAUACUGACAAUAGAGAUAUUGAAAUUUGUCUGGGCAAUAUACUUUCAAUGCAUAAAAUUGCUGCUAUUCCAAAAAAUGAAAAUAUUGAAGACGAAUUAUUAAAUUAUUUAUCAAGAAAUAGAAGCUAUUUGAGAGUAAAAAAGCUCCAUUCGAUAACAAGACUUAUUGAAGCUCCAGUUAAUGUUGAAAAAUACAAAGAAAUUUAUAAAACACUAGCAAAAAAUAUAAAUCGAAGCGAUUUGGAAAACUUAAAAUCACACAAUUUUUUCUUAUUGUCAAAUGCUUUUACUUUUGCAAAUUCUUAUGUGCAUGGAGGAUUAUCGCUGAAAACUGAAGAAGGAGAAAAUUUGCUUGAAGUUAUACAGAAAAUUUUUGAAUCUCGUUUUCUAAAUGGUGAACUAAAUGCCUCAGAAGCAUGUAUUUACUUUACUCCUCCCUUCAUGAGCGAGGAAACCAUUAAAAAACAUUAAAAACAGCUUUCAAGAGUGAACAGAAAAUUUUUAAUAUAAGAUAUGUAGAUAAUAUUAAAAGAUUUACAUCAAGAAAAUAUUGAAGAAAAAGAUAUAAAUAUUUUAAAAGAAACUACAAAGGCCCGAUUUUAUAAUUUUGAGCCUAAUAAAAUCUUAAAUAAAAAUAAAAAUAAUUGUAGAUAAUAAUUAUAUUAUGAAAUCUCUCGCUAAUUAUGCUGAAUUCUUAAUUUCAUUGCAUUUUAAAACAUAAAUUUUGCAAAUUAAAUUAAUUUUUUUGCUACUAUAAAUAAAAAUAUUUUGGUUCGCUAACAGAGGGUGGUUAGAUCUUUUUUAUUGGAUAAUAAUCAAUAUCGAGAAUUAUCUCAAGAAAUUGGAUGUUUUUUAAUUCAAAAAAUCAAAAGUAUUGAAGAUUCAUACUUUGCCUCAUUUUUAUUCUGUAUUGGAAAAUUGCCUGAAUUUCAGUCCGAAAAUGAUCUAGUACAUAAGAUAAUUUAUGAGAAUUUCUUACCCACCGAGAAAAGUUUUUUACUCGUUCGGAGAUUGAUUUUUAUUUUAGGUAUUUAUAUUAACUUUAGAAACUAAAAAUUUGCUAUUUCUAAAAUUUAUGUUUUAGAAUGCUAGCUAUUUUGACUUUAAUAUAAUUUGCAGAAAUUUCAAUAUUUAAUCAUUAAUUAAUUAAUAUAUACAUAAAAUGGCGUAUGGCGACCGACCUGUCCUCCCAGUGACGGUAACCCGUGUAUAUCCGGGCAUGGUUUUCAGGAGAAGCGACUUAGCCCAGCAAUAUCUGGACCCUAGUGGCGACUAGGGGCGAACACAGACCCGCUGAUCGUGGCCAGAUCCUAGGGCAGUUAGUAGCAUCUCCUUUUUCCAGCAGCGCCCAAGCCAGUGGGUGCCCGAAAUGGAGCAGGGCGACUUACCUGCUCAAGCUGCUACUGUGGUAUGCCCCGAAUCGCGGAAACGAUUGAGGAUUUUAUCCAGCAGAUAAGCUGAUAAAAGGGGAGGCAGAUUAGACGACCUAAAGGCGGUCUCUCCAGUUAAAAGGGUCCUUAAAUGGACGAUCUGGCCACCGGAGACAAAGACUGGCGUAAUUCGGGGCGAAAGGCUGAGUUGGAAAUGGUGGUGCUCGGCGACGGUCGGCUGACGACCCAAUAGGGCAACCACUACCGAGAAACCAGGGGUUUCGGCCUGGGCUCAGAGAACCAGUGAUGGAAGUCCAUCCUUUUCGCUCGUGCCAGCACGGCUCCUCACGGAGCGCGGAGGAAUGUCACGCAUGGAAGAAGGGACCUUAAAUACAUAUCGCUAAUUAUUAUUAUUAUUAUUAAUCAUUAAUUAAUAUAUUAAAAUAUUUUAUAUUCAAAAAUUUUUGAAACAGUAGGAUUUUGGCUUGCUAAUUGAAGGUGUUAAUUUCAUUUUCCAUUGGUUACAGAAAGGGAAUUAGAAAGAUUUCCAAAAAUGACUAGUAUUAAUCUAACACUGUCAAUCAAACAAUUUAAUGAGCAAACCUGCUAUAUUGAUGAUAGAUUGAUCCAAUUGAUCAAAGAAAAAAUAGAUACAACAGAAUUUUCAAAUUUAAAAUUAUUAGAAAAGAUAGAUUUAUGCUUAGAACUUAUAUCGAUUCUAUGAAACAAUUAUGAGAAUUAUGAUACGGAGCUAUUAGAGCGGCUUAAAAAUAUUUUGUUUGAGAAUUAUGAUGAGGCAAAUAAUGUGCAGAAAACUAAAAUAGCUUUAUUUUGCAGCAUUAGUAAAGAUUAUAAUGAAAAAUUUUGGAGGAGCUUUCUUGAUGAGACAAUAAUUCUAUCAAGCUACGAGAUCAAUUGGAAUUAUCUUUAUCUUAUUCAUGUUUCUUUGUAUGACUCACCUUACCUUUAUGAAUUUUUAAAUAAGAUUGAGCCUUAUAUCGAUGAUAUUAAUGCAUCAUGGAGAUGGGCUCGAGAUAGAGAUUUGAGGAAAAGCAACUCGACUAGUGCCCAUACACUUAUUAGCGAUUAUUUAUUUACCAAUUUAAUUAGAAAAUGCAUAUUAUCAAAAAGAAUAGACAUCGUAAGAGACUACUAUUGCAAUUUCUAUUUUGAUUUUUCAAUUCCGUUAUCAAAGAAAUUGAUAAAGAUUAAUAGGUUUUCAGAUUAUGUUUUGCCUGCAAGAUUUUUAAAACGCUUUAAUACAGCGUCUAAUAAAAGUUUAGAGAUGAAGGGGUGGGAAAUUUUGAAUAUUGGGCCAUUUGAUUCUGAUGAGGAAAUAAUAGGAAAAUUAGAUAAGCUAAUAGCUAAUAAAUAA